CCGCUCCACACGGCGACAAGCUCAUCGAUAUGGCCUGCAAGCUGAUCGUCCUCGCUGCCUUCGUGGCUGUCGCCCGCGCCGGCUACCUGGGAGCCCCAGCAGUGGUCGCCCCGGCCGUCAGGGCUGCCCCCGUGGCCUACGCUGCCCCCGCCGCCGUGGCCGCUGCCGAAUACGACCCGCACCCCCAGUACAACUUCGCUUACAGCGUGCAGGACGCUCUGACUGGUGACUCCAAGGCACAGCAGGAAGUCCGCGACGGAGACGUCGUCCAGGGCAGCUACAGCCUGGUCGAGCCCGACGGUUCCAUCCGCACCGUCGACUACACCGCCGACCCCGUCAACGGCUUCAACGCCGUCGUGCACCGGGAAGCUGUCGCCCACGCCGCCCCCGUCGUCGCCAAGGUGGCCGCUCCCGUCGCCUACGCCGCCCCUGCGGUUGCUAAGGUCGCUGCUCCCCUCGCCUAUGGAAAGGCCAUCCUCGGUUCGGACGGCUGUGUCUCAAUUGGGGUAGGUGCGCCCAAGGCCUGCUGUGGCCGGUGGCCGCCAUCCACAUCGCGCGUUGCGAAAACGCGGGCAGCGCCCAGCCACGCCUGCAGCGGGUAUAUAACUGCCGGCCGGACAGUGCAUCGCCAGUUCUCAGCUCCACACAGCAAGAAACUCAUCGACAUGGCCUGCAAGCUGAUCGUCCUCGCCGCCUUCGUGGCCGUAGCCCGUGCCGGCUACCUGGGUGCCCCCGCAGUCUACGCCCCCGGCGCUCCCAUCGCCACCCGCGCCUACGCCGCCCCCGUGGCAUACGCCGCCCCUGCCCUUCGUGCUGCUCCCGUGGCAUACGCCGCCCCCGCCCUGCGUGCCGCCCCCCUGGCCGUCGCCCCCGCCGUGAGAGCCGCCCCCGUCGCAGUUGCCGCCCCCGCUGCCGUGGCCGCCGAGUACGACCCCAACCCCCAGUACAGCUACGCCUACAGCGUGCAGGACGCCCUCACCGGUGACUCCAAGAACCAGCAGGAGAGCCGCAGCGGUGACGUCGUCCAGGGCAGCUACAGCCUGGUCGAGCCCGACGGCUCCAUCCGCACCGUCGACUACACCGCCGACCCCGUCAACGGCUUCAACGCCGUCGUGCACAGGGAGGCCGCUGCCCACCCCGCCCCCGUCGUCGCCAAGGUGGCCGCCCCCGUCGCCUACGCCGCCCCCGCCGUCGCUAAGAUCGCCGCCCCUGUGGCUUACGCCGCCCCGGCCAUUGCUAAGUACGCUGCCCCCCUUGCCUAUGGCAAGGCUAUCCUGGGCUAAGCUACAUAAAUAGUUGACCAUGCUGUAUUUAUUAUGUGUGAAUGCGUUUUGUAUAGUAUGAUGAACACAACGAAUAAAAUUCGUUACUAAAAAGAA